AAAAUAAGCUUAUUUUGAUCAACCAAGAAAGCUACACCCUACUUUUUGUUACAAGUUAGAAUAGUAUAUGGCUUAAUUUUAAGCCUCCAUGUUCAUAGCCCUUUGUAUUUUUAGUCUCUUAUUUUGUGCUAUGAUUCCUAGACUUGGAUACUGAUGAUAGAGAGAGGAAGCUAGCUGGAAAGAUGGAGGGAAAUAGUGCAGGGGAAUGUUCAAAGACAAGCCCAUCAAAACAUAAUCAGGCUGAGAGUGAGAGUGAGGAAAAUGAUGGUGAAAGUAAGCCUAGAAAUGGGGGAAGCUCAAGCAACAGCACGGUGGAAGAGAAUGAGAAGAAGCCAUCCGUAAGGCCUUAUGUCAGAUCCAAGAUGCCAAGGCUCCGUUGGACACCCGAUCUGCACCUUCGUUUUGUUCUCGCAGUAGAGAGACUCGGUGGACAAGACAAAGCUACCCCAAAGUUGGUUCUUCAACUGAUGAAUAUAAAAGGACUUAGCAUCGCACAUGUCAAGAGCCAUCUACAGAUGUAUAGAACCAAGAAGAUUGAUGAUCCAGGACAAGUCAUAAGCGAUCAUAGGCAUCUUGUGGAAAGUGGAGAUCGAAAUAUUUAUAAUCUCAGUCAACUUCCCAUGCUGCAAGGAUACAAUAACCAUCAUCAAGGCGAUAGUUCUAGUAGUUUCAGGUACCAAAAUUAACGAUUAAUGUACGUACUA